AUGAUGUUCGGAAAACUUGCUCUCCUCGCCUUGACCGCCACCGCCACCGCCCAUCAUAUGGUCCGUGGAGAAUUCUGGACGACCAGUAACGUGUGCGCAUCUACACCGCAGAUCACCAUGGAAAGUACCGAGGUUUACUACAACGGCCAGGGCUUCUUUUUCAACACGCAGUGCUCGAGCUCCGGUGUCCCGUCGGUGAGCGCGUGCUCCACAUCGUCGUGUAGUUCGUGCACACCGCUGGACGUCCUCAACAACCAGUGCGGCCACGGGUUUGUGAUUGUGCCGUCAGCCAAGGUCGCAUGCAUCGGCGGCAACUACGGAAGCAGCGGAUCGUCGUCAUCGGACCUUUUAGCCUCGUACUUUUCGUCGGGCGCAGAAGUCGCCCAGGCAAACACGGUGCUCGGUGCAAUUUCGUUGGCGCUUGUGAUGGCCGCCAUGGCCCUGUUCUAG